AUGCGUCGCAAUCGUUCCAGCGCACUCUCAGAGCCCUCAGUGCCUCCCCAGCGUCUGCACUCUCUCCGCUCUUCAUCCCGCAAGCUCCUGCGCUCAUCGUCGUCGUCCGUCAUAUCACGCCCGUCGUCGACGUUAUUCACGAGAAAGCAGGAUACGAAGCAGUUUACCAAAUUAAACUGUCAUGUCACUCUUUCGAAUUCAUCCGAUACUGACACUGCCACACAGGAUAACCAUGAGCCACAUUAUGAUGCCGACCACUUGACUGCAUACGAACGUCAACGGCUCGAGAAGAUCCAGCGCAACUUGGCGUUCAUGCAGCAGAUGGGCGUCUCCACGGCCAAGAUUGCCGCUAGGACCGCUAUUGACGCCAAUACUAGUGCUGGAGCUGCUGGUUCUAACAGCAGUAUGUCAAGUGCUGCCGCUUCUUCUUCUUCUUCUUCUAUUGAGGCUAAACGGCAGCAACGAGCGGCUAUUCGAGCGAUGCAGGCGGUUCGCAAGGCCGAGCGCCUGAGUCAACCGGUUCGAAAGUCGAGACGACUAGAAGGCAAGAAGGUGGAGGUGCAGCCGAUUGAGUCGAUUGACCACUUUGAGCUGCAUCAGAUGCGGAGCUCGUCCCGUCGUCUGAGUCGAGGCAGCACCAGCACUAGCAAUUUGGCUGUUGUGAUGGAUGCAGUGGAUGGGGAAAGUCGCGCUUUUUUGGACCGGUUUGUUACGGUCAAGUCGGAAGACGAAGCGCUGGAAAAAGAUGCUGUCUUUACUGAAGACGACAGUGAUGAGCAUGAUGCGGUGGAUGAUGAGUAUAGGGUGGAGUACACGCUGGCAGAUGGAGAUGUGGUCAAGGCCGUGCAAGCACGGAUAUACUCGGUGGCGUUCUUGCCGCGUGCAGACCGUGUCGUAAUUGCGUGUGGCGACAAAAUGGGCCAUGUGGCUCUCUGGACGCCGCUAGCUGCAGCGAAAAUGCAACACGAGAGCGCGGUGUCGCCGUUGGCAGUGUACCGGCCACAUGAAAACCCUGUGAGUCAAUUGAUCUUUUCUGAUUCGUCGAAGCUGGUUUCGAGCAGUUUUGAUGGCACUGUGCGCGAGUUUGAUCUGCGUGCUGCAAAGUCAUCGGUUAUCUAUGACACGAGCGAAGAUGCGGGCAUUUCGUCGCUUGUCACAGCGAGCAUGGCGCAGUGCUACUAUGCAAGUUGCGACGAUGGCACUGUCCGGCUGAUUGAUCGGCGUGCGCAAAACGUGCAGAGCUCGCGCUAUCAAUUGCACGAGAAAAAGAUUAACACGGUGCAUCAGCACCCGAGCCUCGACUUCUGCAUCGCAACGGCUUCUUUGGACCGCACAGUAUGUCUGUGGGAUGCUCGCAAGAUGUCCAUAGAGCAAAACGUGCCAUUGGUGACAUUGCCGCACUACCGCAGUGUGAAUUGUGCCUAUUUUUCUCCGCGAGAUGGCGCGUGGCUGGUGACAGUGGGACAGGACUCGUUCGUUGACAUGUUUGACAUGUCGAGUCUUACUGAGCAUAAGCUCUCAGGUGAGCUCACGACGGCCUUGCCCAAGCCGAUUCGAGUUCGCCAUAACAACAUGACCGGUCGAUGGCUUACCAAGCUUCACGCGGCUUGGGAUCCCAAACGACCGAAACACUUUGUGCUCGGCUGCUUGGAUCAGCCACGACGAAUCCAGAUCUUUCGUGCCGGCCGUCAUCGUCCCGUCCGUGAGCUGAUGAGCGACAAUUUUGCUUCUGUGCACUCAAUCAAUGCUUUUCACCCUCACCUGGAGCUGAUUGCGGGUGGUAACUCUUCAGGCCGGCUUGCACUUUGGCGUGGCAAGAGAAACGCGAGAGAUGACGAUGUCAAAGCCGAAGUCAAAAGCCACAUUUGUGUGAAGACUGAGUGA